GACACGCUCUUGUCACCAUGUACUACAAUCUGCGUGGUGAAGGCUGGGUCUUUGAUUCAUCAGACAACUGGCUGACGAGUACAUCUCACUGUGACUGGGAAUUUGUUGAAUGUGACGAGAAUGGUUCCGUCAUUAGUUUGAACUUUCGGUCCAAAGGACUCCAAGGUAGUCUACCGGCAGAAAUUGGGAAUCUUAGCAACUUGAUAGAGUUACACCUUGAGGGAAAUCGAUUGACAGGGUCGUUGCCCACCCCGAGCUUCGGGCAACUCACAAAGCUUCGUUCACUCUUUUUGGACGAAAACCGAAUGAAAGGAUCGUUGCCGAGCCAUCUUGGCUUGCUCGCAGACUUGGAGCAUGCAACGUUCAAUAAUAAUUUGUUCACUGGUCAAAUACCAACUGCCAUUGGCCGAUGGACCUCCAUUCGAUCGCUUGAUCUCUCGGCCAACAGCUUUGCUAAAUCCAGCAUACCCACUGAAAUUGGGAACAUGCACCUUCUCGAAUCAUUGGACAUUGCGGGAAACCAACUUUCCUCGGCAAUACCGAGCUUUUUGGGGACAGCUACGAGUCUCACUAGACUGAGUCUCUCGGACAAUUUUCUAAGUUCGACAAUACCGACAGAACUGUUCUCACUCACCGGAUUGUUGAAUGUGAAUUUGCAUAACAACUCCUAUUUGGUUGGACAUGUUCCCUCGGAAAUUGGUGCUUUGACACAAUUAAUAACCUUGGUAUUGAGUGAAAAUCGUCUAGAUUUCCUUCCAUCAGAGAUUGGAAGUUGCAGUGCACUUGAAUUUGUAUAUGCACACAGCAAUCGAUUCGGCAAGACGAUACCAACGGAGGUUGGGAAUCUAGUGAAUUUGAAUCAGUUGGGACUCGACAGAAACGCUUUCACUGGAACCAUCCCCAGCGAAAUUGGUGCUAUAGAAGGCCUUUCGAUGCUUUACCUAAAUGACAAUCGGAUUAGCCAUGCCAUACCCAGUGAAUUUGGACGGCUAUCACACUUGCUUAAGUUGCAGCUGAGUUCGAAUCGACUGACGUCAACGAUCCCAGCCGAGCUAUCGAAUCUCAAGCUCGUAAGAAAUGUCAACCUGACUGACAAUAUUUUGACUGGGAGUGUGCCGUCAUCUUUGAAUAUGUUGGGACGGCGUAUCUCGGGGAUAUACCUCUCUUCGAACAACUUUUCAGGUGGAUUGGAAAACUUGCUGUGUGACUAUACAAGCCUUAAAACCUUCGAAGCGGACUGUGACCUUGUCUGUAACUGCUGUACUACAAGUGUUGGAAGUUGCUGA